CGUAUACAGCCCAUCACCAAAACAGCUAUUCUCCAUCUGAGAAAUUCCAAAUGGAAGAGGACUACCCUUCAAUUCCAAUGGAGAGAACAAGGAAGAUUAUAAGAAGAUCAAUAUACACUUUCCUUCAAAAUUAUAGCUACUACACCACCACUGCAGCCCUCCUCGCGCUCCCGUUCUCUGCCUCAAUCCUCCUCUCUCAAGCUCUAGUCCCCUCAUCAUCUGUCCUACCACCAAUUCACCACCGCCUUGCAUCUCUUUUUCAUGCUGCAGGGUUUCCUCCCUCAUCAGAGUUCUUCACCAUCCUCAGUCUCAAGCUCUCUCAAACCAUCACUUCCUCCAUUGUUGUCCUUCCUUUCACCCUCUCUCUCCUCCUAAUUGCUAAGGCCUCCAUAAUCCAAUCCUUCAGUCACCAAAAACAAUCUGUCCAGACACCAUUUUCUCAAUUCAUAUCACUUUACAGUCACCUCCUCCACACCCAAGUUUGGAAUUCAUUUGUCAUCCUCUCUGCAAAUGCAACUUGCUUUGCAAUCCUAUUUUUCGCCUUCAAUUUUCUUGAUGGAUUCGCCCUCUCAUCGCCCACCUCCCUCCUCUUCCUCUCGGCCUCUGGAGCUGUUCUUUACUCCAUCAUCCUUGCCAAUGCUCUCAUUAUCUGUAAUAUGGCAUUGGUACUAUCGGGGAUCGAAAAUUGUGGGGGUUAUAUUUCGAUCCUCAAGGCUUGUGUUUUGAUCCGGGGAAGAACUGCCACUGCAUUAUCAUUAGCUCUGCCUGUCAAUAUGGCCCUGGCUGCAGUCGAAGCCUUGUUCCAAUACCGGGUCGUGAGGGCUUAUCAUCAUACCGAUAAUCUCACUACUUCUAUGGCUUUCGAGGGGAUGUUUAUCGCUUACUUGUAUUCCAUCCUCAUUGUUCUUGAUACAGUUAUUGGUUGUGUGUUCUUUCAGAGUUGUAAAUCAGCUUCCAGUAUAGAUCAGGAGCGCAGAAUCUCUUUUUGGAUUGAAAUUGAAGAGGGAAGUGCCAAUUCUUAUCAAAAGGCCAAGAUUUUACAAGAGCUUCCAUGAAUUUUUUGUGAUUAUCAACAGGAAAUAUUCUAUGGAUAUUCAUUUCUUCAUCAGAAAGAGGGUGAAAUGAAUUUAGAAAAAUAAAAGGCAGUAUGUGCAAAUUUAGAUAGUCUGUGAAGUGUGAAGUAAUUUCAACAGAAGGCAUAAAGGGAAGGGAUAAUGUAAGCUAUUUAAGAAAAAGCCUGUUUCAUUCCCUUGUUUUGUUUUUUCUAUACACCUCCUUUUUCCUUGUAGAUUGGCAACUUCUAUACAUUGUAAAUGAACUUGAACUGUUUUUGCAAUGAUUUUUAUGGUGGG